AUGGAUAAAUUUAAGGCUGCACUUGUGCUGGCUGCAGUAGGGGAUGCUCUCGGUUAUCGCAAUUUCUCCAAAGAAAACAAUGUCUUAGGUGCAAAAAUCCAACAGGAGCUGAAAGAAAUUGGAGGCCUGGAGAACCUGGUGCUCUCUUCUGACAAGUGGCCAGUAAGUGACAACACCCUCAUGCACAUGGCUACGGCAGAGGCUGUCAUCACAGAUUACUGGUGUUUAGAAGACCUGUACCGGGAGCUGGUAAAACGCUAUGUGGAUGCUCUUGACAAGCUCUCGGGGAGGCGUCCAGACCCUGCUACCAUCGAAGGCUGCAGGGAAUUAAAACCAGACAACUACCUUCUUGCUUGGCACACACCAUUCAAUGAAAAGGGUUCUGGAUUUGGAGCAUCCACAAAAGCCAUGUGUUUAGGGAUGCGAUACUGGAAGCCGGAAAGGCUGGAGUCCCUUAUUGAAGUGAGCAUUGAAUGUGGACGAAUGACUCAUAACCAUCCUACAGGCUUUCUAGGGUCCCUAUGCACAGCUCUCUUUGUGGCAUAUGCAAUACAAGGGAAACCCCUUGUUCAGUGGGGAAGAGAGAUGAUGAAGGUUGUGCCGAUGGCUGAAGAAUAUUGCAAGAAGACCAUUCGCCACAUGGCAGAAUACCAAGAGCACUGGUUUUACUUUGAAGCCAAGUGGCAGUUUUAUUUGGAGGAGAGAGAAAUCAAUGAGGAAAAUCAGAAUAAACCUGUUUUCCCGGACAACUAUGAUGCGGAAGAGAGAGAAAAGACAUACAGGAGGUGGAGCUCCGAAGGCAGAGGUGGGAGACGGGGCCAUGAUGCACCCAUGAUUGCCUAUGAUGCCUUGCUGGGCUGCGGCGGGGACUGGACAGAGCUCUGCAAUCGCUCCAUGUUCCAUGGAGGUGAAAGCGCAGCUACUGGGUCUAUUGCUGGUUGCCUGUAUGGCUUGGUUUAUGGCCUGAACAAGGUCCCCAAAGGCUUGUACCAGGACCUGGAACAACGGGAGAGGCUCGAGUACUUGGGCGAGAAUCUUUAUCGACUAUCCAUGGAGGAAAAGUAA